AUGCGAACCCCUGAACCGCCCGACCGCGACGAACACGGGGAUUCACCACCGCGACUGUCAAGACCGAAACGCACCACCAGACCGCCGAAUAACUAUGCUCAAGAACAAGAAAACGACAACGAACAGCGGAAGACGCGAUCCCAACAAAAGAAUAGAACCCAAAUCGGGCCAGAAGCCCAACACGACGCGGCAACUUCGGACGACUCCUCGAUCGAGAGUGAGGGCCUGAGUACUGCCAAGCUCGUGAAAGAGCUUGUCAACCUCAGGGAAGAAAUCCGACGGCGAGAUGAGCUGCAUAGCGAAGAGCUUCAGAAGGUCCAGGAGGAGUUUCGGAAAGCUACGGAAGAAUUUGGCGCGACCCUUGCAGAAGUUCGACACGAGUUGCAGACCUUGACAGAUAGACCCCCGACACCCCAAUCCCACACCGAGGCAUGCGCUCAGAGCAACCACGAUGAGAUCCUCCGCGAGAUUCAAUCCCUGCGCGACGCCAUCAGCCCUUCCGUUCCCACUGGCUCCCCGUCCUAUGCAGAUGUCGCCCGCACUUCCCCACUCAGUCACCCGAGCAACAUUCGGACGCUCUCAACGUCGAAUACAACACCAACCAACAUCACCGACACGUUAUACUGCACGAUAGAUACCUCGAAGAUGCCCCAAAAUGUGAACGAGAGGAUGUCCGCAGGCCCAAUCCGGGCGGCGGUCGAAUCAGAGGUUCGGACGAUAGAAGGCCACACGCACUGGCGCUGUCGCGCUGUUACCGUGGAUCCGAAGAACACCAACCGAAUCAGAAUAGCGUGCCGCGACGAAGUGGAACACCAGCUGGUCAAGAAAGUGGCGGAAGCCAAGAUCGGCGCGGGAGCCCGGGUACUCCGUGAUGAGCUCUACCCGAUCAAAGUUGACAGCGUCAACAAGGCCGCGGUGCUAGACGAGAAAGAUGAGAUCCGAGCCGAAGCCGCAGCAGCCUUCAGCGAGGAAAAUGAAACCACCGUGGCCAAGGUCGCUUGGCUCAGCAAAAAGGAUAAUGCGAAGCCGUACGGGUCAAUGGUCGUAUACUUAACCAAAGGCACUGAUGCACGCAGGCUCCUAGUUGACGGGUUCUUUCACGCUGGGGGAGAAUCUGGCGUGACCAGCACUUUCGAAUAUCGACCACGGCCGAUGCAAUGCUACAACUGCCAGGAGAUUGGCCACAAGGCAUUCCAGUGCAAGAACAUCCAGAGACGGUUCCGAAGUGCGUUCCAUGCGGAGGCCCACAUGAAUCGUUCAGCAGAAACUGUCGGAAACUCUACCCAUCACAUGAAUAAAAACGCCCGUAUCAUCCAACUGAAUGUGAGGAAGCAGGGUGCAGUGCAUGACAGUUUAUUGAACGAUGAAGAUACACGUGGCGCAGUGGCAUUAGCGAUUCAGGAACCCCAAGCGAGGAGAAUUCAAGACCGGCUCUUGACAACCCCGAUGGGACACCACAAAUGGACCAAGAUGGUUCCCUCCGCCUGGAGGGAGGGCCGAUGGGCAAUCCGAAGUAUGCUUUGGAUCAACAAGGAGGCGGAAGCGGAGCAAGUGCUGAUCGAGUCGCCGGAUCUGACCGCGGCGGUCAUCCGCCUCCCCGAGCGUCUGAUAUUUAUAGCAUCAGUCUACGUCGAAGGGGGAGAUGCCUCGGCGUUGGACGACACGUGCGAUCACUUAAGGAAAGCAGUUGCAAAGGUACGGCGAGACACGGGCGCUGUGGUGGAGGUCAUGAUUGUGGGAGACUUUAAUCGCCACGAUCAACUCUGGGGAGGAGACGAGGUGUCCCUGGGGAGACAGGGCGAAGCGGACCCAAUCAUUGACCUCAUGAACGAGUUUGCUCUUAGCAGCUUACUCAAGCGAGGCACGAAGACAUGGCACGGUGGUGGACAGAGCGGGGACUGCGAGUCGACCAUCGAUCUCGUCCUAGCCUCUAAUAAUUUGACGGACUCAAUGAUCAAGUGUGCGAUACAUGGGACAGAGCACGGUUCGGAUCACCGUGCUAUUGAGACUGUGUUCGAUGCACCGUGGUCAGCCCCGAAGCAUCCGGAACGACUUCUGCUGAAGAACGCACCAUGGAAAGAGAUCAAUGCCAGAAUUGCGAGUUCUCUGACCGCCUCCCCAUCAGGAGUCACGGUGCAGCAGAAGACUGACCGACUCAUGACGGCGGUCAGUGAGUCGGUGCAUGCGUUGACUCCAAAGGCAAAACCAUCACUACACGCGAAACGAUGGUGGACAGCCGACUUGACACAGCUGCGCCAUAUAUACACAUACUGGCGAAACCAAACUCGCUCGGAGCGCCGAGCGGGACGAAAAGUACAGCACCUGGAAAAGACAGCCCAAAGUGCGGCGAAACAAUACCAUGAUGCCAUCCGCAAGCAAAAGAAGAAGCACUGGGAUGAGUUUCUCGCAGAUAACGAUAAUAUCUGGAAAGCCGCUAAAUACCUGAAGUCGGGAGAGGACGUGGCAUUCGGGAAGCUACCGCAGCUCGUUAGAGCAGACGGGACUGUCACCUCGGACUAUCAAGAGCAAGCAGAAGAGCUGCUGUCCAAAUUCUUUCCCCCUCUGCCUGACGUUAUUGACGACGAGGGGACCAGACCACAAAGAGAGCCGGUGGCAAUGCCUGGUAUCAGCCUGGAGGAGAUAGAACGACAGCUUUUUGCAGCGAAAUCAUGGAAGGCGCCGGGUGAAGACGGCCUACCGGCGGUAGUCUGGAAGAUGACGUGGCCCACGGUCAAGCACAGGGUUCUCGACUUAUUCCAGGCGUCACUGGAAGAAGGCAUGUUGCCGAGACAGUGGAGACAUGCGAAGAUCAUACCGCUCAAAAAGCCGAACAAGGCAAACUACACCAUUGCGAAGGCAUGGAGGCCAAUUUCGCUCCUCGCGACGCUAGGCAAGAUACUAGAAUCCGUGGUUGCAGAAAGGAUCUCACACGCUGUGGAGACACACGGCUUGCUCCCGACUAGCCAUUUCGGAGCCCGAAAGCAACGGUCCGCGGAGCAGGCGCUUGUUCUCCUGCAAGAGCAGAUCUACACAGCGUGGCGUGGCCGACGGGUGUUGAGUUUGAUCAGCUUCGAUGUCAAGGGCGCUUACAACGGUGUGUGCAAAGAACGACUGCUCCAGAGAAUGAAAGCGCGAGGCAUACCAGGUGACCUGCUCCGGUGGAUCGAAGCGUUCUGCUCGGAACGAACGGCGACCAUUCAAAUCAAUGGGCAAGGUUCGGAGGUCCAGAGCCUUCCACAGGCUGGCUUACCUCAGGGCUCGCCCCUGUCCCCGAUACUAUUCCUCUUCUUCAAUGCAGACCUCGUACAAAGACAGAUCGACAGCCAGGGCGGAGCGCUAGCGUUCGUUGAUGAUUUUACCGCAUGGGUGACCGGGCCAACCGCCCAGAGCAACCGGGAAGGCAUUGAAGCAAUUAUCAGUGAAGCGCUCGACUGGGAGAAAAGGAGCGGAGCGACUUUUGAAGCAGACAAAACAGCUAUCAUACACUUUGCUCCCAAGGCUUACAAGUUAGACCAGGGACCUUUCACUAUCAAGGGCCAAACCGUUGAGCCCAAGGAUCAUGUCAAGAUCUUGGGCGUCCUCAUGGAUACGAAACUCAAGUAUAAGGAACAUAUUGCGAGGGCAGCAUCCAAGGGCCUGGAGGCCGCGAUGGAGCUCCGACGACUUCGGGGAUUAUCCCCGGCGACAGCGCGGCAGCUAUUCACAUCGACAGUGGCGCCGGUCGUGGACUACGCGUCUAACGUCUGGAUGCACGCGUGCAAAGAUAAGGUUAUAGGGCCGAUCAACCGCGUCCAAAGGAUAGGAGCACAGGCGAUUAUAGGAACAUUCCUCACAGUUGCGACCAAUGUAGCAGAGGCGGAGGCCCACCUUGCCACUGUUCAACGCCGUUUCUGGAGACGAGCCGUGAAGAUGUGGACGGACAUACAUACCCUGCCAGAAACCAACCCUCUCCGCCGGAACACAGCACGCAUUAAGAAAUUCAGAAGAUACCAUCGUUCGCCGUUGUAUCAAGUAGCAGACGCACUGAAGAACAUUGAGAUGGAAACACUAGAAACCAUCAAUCCAUUCACAUUGGCACCGUGGGAAGUACGCGUACAGGCUGGCAUUGAAGCAACUUCGCAUUCACCGACCGUACCAGGUGGGUUAAUGCAGAUCGCAACUAGCAGCUCGGCGCGGAACGAGCUCGUCGGGUUUGGGGUGGCGAUCAAGAGGCAGCCACCUCGGUAUCGAAAACUGAAACUAAAGACCCUUUCCGUCACAUUGGGUGCAAGAGCAGAGCAAAAUCCGUUUUCUGCGGAGCUAGCAGCGAUGGCACAUGCAUUGGACAUGGUAUAUGGACUGAAAGAUUACAGGAUUACGCUGCUCACGAGCAACAAAGCAGCGGCUCUGACACUAAGGAAUCCUCGACAACAGUCAGGCCAGGAAUUCGUCUGCCAACUGUACGAGUUGAUAAGAAAGUUACGGAGAAAUGGAAACCAGAUCAAUAUCCGGUGGAUCUCAACGAGCGAAGAUAACAAACUGCGGGGUCUGGCUAAAGAACAGGCCAGAGCCGCGACACAAGAAGAUGCUCUCCCGCAAGAACGCGUCCCGAGGAUGAAGUCAACAACACUGAAUAUCGCACGGUCCCAAGCGGUCCCUGGCAAUGAUUUGCCAGUGAACGUAGGGAGACACGCAAAACGAGUUGAUGCAGCACUCCCAGGCAAACACACCCGGCAGCUAUAUGACCGAUUGUCGUGGAAAGAAGCAAGCGUACUAGCUCAACUUCGAACCGGCAUGGCAAGACUCAAUGGAUAUCUCUAUCGAAUCAAAGUAGCAGACACGGACCAGUGUGCGUGUGGGCAAGCGAGAGAGACCGUGGAGCAUUUCCUAUUUCGAUGUCAAAAAUGGACAGCGCACCGGACGGAACUACUACAAUGUACCAACACCCACCGAGGAAAUAUAUCCUUCUUCCUAGGAGGAAAGUCGCCUUCCGAUGAUCAGAAGUGGACGCCGAACUUAGAGGCGGUACGGGCCUCAAUACGAUUCGCCAUCGCCACGGGCCGACUCGAGGCCACCUAA